UGUGAUAAAAUAAUCUGGCAAAAGAGGAAGAAAGCAGAUAUAAUCAGUGAGAAAGAGGGUGAGAUACAGCUCUCGAGUUUAGCAUUUAACUGAACUAACUCCGGUGGCAUCAAGCAGACAAGCACACAGGCAUUUCCUGCUAGCAAGACUUUGUAGGUUCUUCAUCAAGCACACAGCCGACAAGUGUUUGUCCGUCAUCUGAGAAGAUGGCCUGCCGCGUUGCAAGUCGUGUUUCAGAAAAGGAUCUUGAAUGCAAAGAAUUCCUCAUUGACAUCCCCUCAGUCCCCGAGCCUGCCGAGUGGCCUGAGUGCUGCAUCUACAGGGUUCCCAAAAAACUUCGCAAGGUAAACAAAGAAGCCUAUACUCCAAAGCUGGUUUCAAUCGGCCCUCUUCAUCACCGCAAAAGAGAAUUGAGGGACAUGGAAAAGCAGAAACUGAGAUACUUGAGGGAUUUCUGUUAUCGAACAGGGAAGAACCGGAAGGAUCUCGCACUCAUCAUUGAAGAGAAGGAAGCAGAAAUCCGUCACUGUUAUGCAGAACCCUCAAGACUCGGAAGCGGAGAGUUCGUAAACAUGAUUCUGAUGGAUGGUAUCUUUAUAAUUGAGCUCUUCUUGAGGACUGAUGAAAGUAAAAGUGAUUAUAUAUUAAGCAAACCCUGGCUGAGAAACAGUAUAGAGCAUGACUUGAUUCUACUCGAGAAUCAGCUUCCUUUUUUUGUUCUUGAGGAUCUGUAUAAAUCCUUCGACUAUGGCUCCUCCAAUUAUAAAGAAGUCUACCCUAACAGAGAGGACACUCCCUUUCUUAAGCUUUCCCGCAAUUACUUCUCUAAUUAUGAUCCCAAGACAGAUUCCAACAUCGGUGAGGAAGUGAAACAUUUCACAGAUUUGUUGAGAUAUUUCUUCUUUCCACCAGACCUGAAAGGUAAAGAAGGGGUAAAUGAAAGUAAAAGAAUCGAUCAUUUAUACAGUGCCACAAAGCUUGACGAGGCAGGAGUGCAAUUCGAAGCAGUUCAUGAAAGACAUUUAACUGACAUUCAAUUCCACAAGGGAAACUGCUUGGAACACUGCCCGUACCUUAACUGCUCCUGGCUCCUGAAUUGCUUGCCAUGUUUGAAAUGCUUAGUCUGCUUGAAAAGCAUGCAACCUUUCCUGGAACUCCCUGCCCUUAUAGUAGACGACACGACUGAAUGUGUUUUCCGAAACCUGAUGGCCUUGGAACAGUGUCAUUAUCCAACUCAGGCUUACAUCUGCAAUUACAUUCUUCUCCUGGAUUACCUCAUCAACACAGAAAAAGAUGUCGAUCUUUUGGUUGAGAAAAAAGUUAUCGUUAAUCAGAUUGGAAGCGACGAAGCAGUGGCGACACUAGUUAACAAACUUGGCCAUCAAAUUGUGGAAGUUAAUUCCUGUCAUUACAAACUCAGUCGAAAGCUAAACGAGCAUUACGAAGAUUUCUGGAACCGAAACAUGGCAACCUUGACAACGGUCUAUUUCCGGGAUAUUUGGAGAGGCACAGCAACGGUUGUUGGAAUUGUAAUCCUAUUUUUGACUGUCUGGAAUAUCUUCCUUAGGCAUUUCGUCAAACUGCCUCGGACCUAAGAUCUCUCGCUCCUUUAGUAUUGAUUGAAGUUUGCUUUGCUUUGUAUUGGUGGAGGUUGCAUGUGAAAUCAUCGUUAUGUUUUGGUUGUGAUCUCCUUUUCAGCCCUAACAAGUUCUACUACUGCAAUAUCGGCCAUGGAGAUCAGUCUGUAUUUUCAGCUAAUAAAGUUUGAAUAUCCUCUGUAAUAAUACUUCAUCAAAUAUAAUGCCUAUAACGUGUUCAGAAUA